AUGGCUCUGACGACACUGUCCACGUUAUAUACUGAGGACAAAGAAACAGAAUGCGGUGGAAAACUUGUCGGACCAGGCGGAACUAUAUCGUCACCAAACUACCCCAGCAGCUACCCCAACAAUGCCAAAUGUAACUGGACAAUCAUGGCCGGGGUCAACGAGAUUAUAAAUCUUGAAUUCAAAAUUGUAGAUUUCGAUGGCUACAUGGACGCAUGCCCAGAUUAUGCUGUUAUUUAUGACGGAGACAGCAUAAGGUCACCUGUCAUACAGCAGCUAUGCAGGUACAAGAAUUCUACAGAGUUGACAAGUCUUUUUGUGCGUUCAACAUCAAAUAAAGUUUAUGUUACUUUUACAUCGGACGCUUUCAAUCAGAGACAAGGAUUCCUGGCUAACUACUGGACUCAUGCAUGUCAACCAAUGACGUAUGGUCCACAAAGAUGUACACAAAACUGCAGCUGUCUAGCAGAGAACACUGUAUUUUGCAACAACUUUAACGGCUCGUGUACCUGUAAGAAAGGAUGGACGUCACCUACCUGUGGAACUGACAUUGACGAGUGUGCACCUCCCCUCAAUGAAGCUUGUCCACGCGACUAUCAAAUCUGUAAGAACAAACCUGGGAGUUUUGAAUGUGAAUGUCAGGCUGGUUUGGUUAGAAAUGAAACAACCGGAGCUUGCCAAGCUGACACUAACGCAUCCUGUACCAGUGCUUGUCCGGGUUUAUGUGGGAAGGUAACUUUUCAAGGGCAGGUCACUCCAACAGAGCAGUGCUACUGUCCGUACAACACAAAGUUGGAUGGCAGUCAAUGUCUAGCAUGCACCAACUUGACUUAUGGAAGAAACUGUGAAAGGAGUUGCAGCACUUGUGACAAGACUAACACCCAACGUUGUGACAAUGUCACUGGUCAGUGUAUCUGUUUACCUGGCUGGUCAGGCAGCACAUGUGCUGAUGACGUCGAUGAGUGUAGAUUUAGCGGCAACCUCAGGGUUUGCAGGGAGACAACUGGCAAUUAUCAUUGUGUGAACACCAUAGGAAGCUAUAGAUGUGAUUGUAAUCAGGGUUAUGAAAAGGUAGCUAAUGGAACCUGCACACCAAUAGUUUGCAAUUUCACAUUAAAUGCAAGUACAGGAAACAUAACAUCACCCUAUUAUCCAGAAAACUAUUAUUCAUUGAUCCCUUGUACAUGGACAAUUACAGUUGCUACAGGAAAAUCUAUCAAUUUAAGGUUUUCCCAAUUCUAUGCUCAAGAUUUUUACAGUUUUGUUCACAUUUUUGAUGGCCAUAAUGCAGAUUCUUUCCUAUUGUUCAGAUUUCAUUCUAGUGUUGUUAACAAAGUAAUAAGAACUACAGGGAACACUAUGCAUAUUAAAUUUAAUUCAACCAUUAAAAUAUAUGGAAGAUUUAAUGGGACUUAUACAACCAAUGAUUUUGCCAGUGGGUGCAAACAAAGCAUCAACGCAACUGACGAGAGGCAAAUCCUUAAAAAUCCUGGCUACCCAACAUAUAUCAACAACACUGUCUGCUAUUGGGCGAUUCAUGCACCUGUUGGAUACAAUGUUUCUCUAAGAUUUACAGAUUUCUUAUUGGAUACACAAGGCAAAUCAUUUUUGCAAGUUUACAAUCCAAGGAAUGCUGUUUUAGGAAUCUAUGGACUAUUUUAUGGGGUACCCAUUCCAAAAGCAAUAACAUCAGCAGACAACACGUUAUAUGUUUUGUUUCAGUCAGAUGGAUCUAUAGCAGGCAGAGGUUUCAAUGCUACUUUUUUGAGAUGCCUUCCAUUUUACUAUGGUGAAGAAAAAUGUACCACACCAUGCAGCUGUGUCAAGAACAACACACAAUAUUGUGAUAGUUUUAAUGGGAUGUGUACCUGCUACCCUGGGUGGCAAUCAGCUACAUGUGCUGAUGAUGUUGAUGAAUGUCUGAGUAAUCCUUGCUAUCUCACUGAAAAAUGUGUGAACACACUAGGAAGUUUUAGAUGCAUUCCUGAUUGUGACAGUAAUUUAACUUCUGUGUCUGGAAGUAUUUCUACCAUUGGUUACCCAAAUUAUCACCUUAGGAGAGCUUUAUGUAAAUGGAGAAUACAGGGGUCAGCAGGUCAAGUUGUUACACUCAGCAUUAAAAGCCAAGACUUUCAGUUGGUUGAAGAGAGACAAUGUAGCUGGGAUUCACUAAACAUCUUCAGUGUUGGAAAUACAACAAGCACACAAAUAGGCAGAUACUGUGGUACAAGAGUACCACCUUUGAUAAGGACCAGUUGUAACAUAAUGGAGAUUCAGCUCAAAACAGAAGCAGAUGAAUACUGGAGCAGAAGGGGAUUUACUGGGGUUUACUAUACACACUCAUGUAAUGAUUUCACAUAUGGUCCAACCUGUCAGUUCACUUGCACAUGCAAUCUUUCUAAAACACAAUUUUGUGACAACACCAAUGGUGUUUGUGUGUGCAAGCCUGGGUGGACAGGUGACACCUGCUCUGAAGAUGUUAAUGAGUGCAACUACAACACUUGUCCAACUAAUGAAGUUUGCAAGAACACACCAGGGAAUUAUUCAUGUGAAUGUAGACUUGGAUUUAGUAGGACAGAAACUGGUCAAUGUGAAGGCAACACUCUGAACUGUGUAACAGCAAAGAAUAAAACAUGCUCCCACUUUUGUUAUCGAAACACGUCUGGAGUUUUAAUUUGUACCUGCCCUGAAAACAUGGAAAUAGGAGCAGUAGAAAACCAGUGUGCUGUGACCCUGUAUCCAUAUGGGGCUGAUAAAGGCGACUCUGGUCUUAUCAAAACUUCUGGCAGCAGCAAGUAUGUCAGCAAACCUAUUGUGUUUGCUACUAAAGUACCAGUUGGUUAUACCACUGAAAAUGAGGCAUAUGUCUUUAGUGAUGGAGUUAUCAGAUUUGGAGGAAAUGUGAUCAGUGGUACAUAUGAUCUUGCAGUACAAAAUGGAUUUAAAAUAAUAGCCCCGUACUGGGCAACAUUGGACCCAACAAAAGGAGAGGUUUUCUACCAUCUGUAUGAGAGCUGUGAACCUACAGUUUUCUAUGAAAGUGCCACAGUGACGUCAUCGCCUGCCAAAGCUAAAGUAAUGGAAAGGGCAGCUCAAGAUGUCAGAAACACUUAUCGCUUCUAUGACUUUAAAGUUAAAACUGUGCUGGUUGCCACUUGGAAAAAUGUGCAAAUAUUAUCAAGUGUUAUUAAAACCAACCCCCCUACUGGUACAUUCCAAGCAGUAUACAUUAGUGGAUACCGAAAGGAAUCUAUAGGUGAUCAGGAUUUUAUAGAUGAAGAAACAGCCUAUGUUUAUUUCUUGUAUCCCAAAGGUGAAAUGAACAUAAUUGCUUUGAAAAACAGUGACACAACUAUUGGCAUUUCAGCUAGUCCAUAUGCUAAUAAAAUACAAGUCAGCCAGACUACAUUUGACUGGAUUAAAAAUAAAAACUACAAUGAGAUCAUCACUUAUCAAAUUGGAAAAAUAUCAGGACCUGAACAGAAAUGUGAAAAACAUGUGUGUAAGAAUUCACAGCUUAUUACAAAUGCAGACUACAGAAACCAGAUCAGUCAACUCUACACAUGUCCCUGUACUCUUGACUUAUUAGGGUUACAGUGGAGCUUGUAUGAAAAACGUGGAGCCCUAAAAGAUAUUUUCUGCUUUGUAAUUAGUCCAGUGGCUAAAAGGAGGAUACUUCAGAAUAACCCAAGAAAUAAGUUAUGCUGCUACAAAUGGACUCAACCAUCAGUAACCAGUGAUUGGAUGAAGUGGGCUGAAUCAAGACAACAGGCCUCAUUCAUUCACAACACACCUGAUGCUGGUCAUGUUCUUGUAGGUGAUCCUUGGUGGUCACUGGCUGCUAAUGAAAGUCUUGAGGCUCAGAGGUCUUGUUGUAAGGAUGGGAACGUGGGUAAACUGUGUGACAGAUAUAAUCUCUUGUACCCAGACAACGAAUGCUCGUAUGAUGUCACCUUUGUUCCAGGUAUAUUUUCAAAGUGGUGUUAG